AUGCUCUGGUUAGCACUCGUAUUCUGCGCAUCUAUUGUUGAUAGCUGUCGAGAUGGUAUUGACAAUGUUUUUACGAUAGAUUCGUAUGGAGAUGAUCUCCCAGUCCAUGUCAAAAAUGUCGUAAUCCGAGCUUACGAUAUUUUCUAUAAACCUUCUUGCUAUGAAGGAAAAGUGAAUAUAAAAAUGCCGGGUUAUUUCCAUAUUAUGGGAGGGGAAGUACUAGUUCCCCAAAACUACGAUCUCUUCCACCAUACCAUGGUCCGGGCUACCGUACACGUCGGCGAAAAGCAUAUCUGUGAUGAUGGCGAGGGAGGAAUGUUUUUUAUUCCCAAUAAAUUAUGUCGCUUUAAAAUGACAACAUUUGUGCCACCGGAAAUUUGUCGGGUCUUGCAAAGGAAGGGUACUCAUACUUUGGAGGAAUUAUGGAGAGAAGCUGGCUUUAAUUCAACACAAGAGUUGCCUCCAGCACCUAGUUUUCUCGGCGUAUCACUUAUAGAUUUAUUAAAGGGUGAUUACAAAAUCAAAGUGGAGCUCCGAAUCCAUGGAGAACCAAUUGUCCGAAUCGCAAUUCCUACGGAUAUGCAGCCGAUGCAAUGGGGACUU